AUGAUCCUACGUACCCUCUUACUCAUCCUAAUCGCUGAGGUAACAUGGUGUCAAAUCGGUCAACCAGGUCAGGCGCCCGGCCAAGUUCCUCUGGAUCCAGGAUACCAACAACCUCUCGAACCAAUCAAGAAUAUUCUACAAGGAGCAUACGGUAGCAAUGUGACACUGUACUUCCGAAACAGUCCAUAUCGAGUUAUGGGUGAUUUGACGGUCGAAUACGGGGUAACGAUGGAUAUUGAAACUGGUACAAGAAUAUAUUUUGACACUGGAGUUGGAUUGAUUGUCAAAGGAACACUCAGAGCUAUUGGCAAUGAAUUCGCACAUAUCGAAAUGCUUCCAUAUCAACAACAAAUCAAUUAUGACUCCGAGAUGCCAAAGUUCCGACUUGUCGAUGGACCUACAGUAAGACAAGGAAGACUGCAAGCACAGUUUAGGGAUCGGUGGAGAUCUGUGUGUACUAUGGUUACUAAUUGGACAUCCAUCGAUACUGGAACUGCUUGCCGAUCAAUGGGUUAUUCUGACGGAGGAUUCUGGAAAUGGUAUCGCAGGAAUAACGACACUUAUCCAUUUGUCAUGCCAAAACCAGACUGCCAUGGAUCUGCAAAAAACCUUUGGGAUUGUCCUGCAUUUUCUGACCCCCAGAAAAUCAGAUUGUCUGAAAAUCUAUGUCAAGGAGAAGACGAUAUUGGAAUUUAUUGCUGGGGACCGCCCACUUUCACCGGAUGGGCAAGGCAUUGGAAAGGGAUUCAGAUUCUGAACUCUCCGUUUCAUUAUGUGAAUUCUGAUCCAGAUUUAGUGGCGGUGAAUCGAGAAUCGAAUUCAAGAUUGGAAUUUGUGGAUAUUCUAUAUGCUGGAUAUGAUGGAGUGAAUAAAAACACAACAUCAGCAUUAUACAUAGAAGGAGUACCGCCGAUAAUGAACGGAUUACGAAUAGAACACAGUGCAAGGGAUGGUUUACAGUUGCUAGAUACAAAUGGGCCCGCCAUCAUAGCCAACUCAACAUUCUCCUUUAAUCGAGGUCAUGGAAUAUUCGUGGUCAACACGACGGAUGCUCGAAUAUUUGUGAAUAAUACUAGGAUCGAAGGGAAUUGGGGUGAUGGAAUAUGGUAUAAACAGAGGACAGGAGUCAAUCUGAUCGACUACGGAAUGAGAGAAAAGAGAGGAGUUGGAAGUGGUCGAUUGGAUGAAGAGAAGCCGAGAAUUGAUAUGUGUGCAGAACAUCGAAUCGAUGACAAUCACUUUUUCCCUCAUUUGAUUUCGGUUAAUUUGAAAAAUCGAACUUUUCUGGAUCCCAGUCAACCGCCCAGUUGUUGGAUGACUGUCUCACUCCCUCCACGCCUACCGUACACUUACAGUAUCCAAUGGCUCCACAUUCGAGACCUUAACCCAGUGACGUCUCGAACAACUCUUUUGAUCUGUGAUUCGAACAAUCCAGAUGAGAAUUCAUGUUCGACGCAAAGAUUCAGAAUUCCUAUCAGAAAUGAGAUAUAUCCACAAAGUAUAUCUCUGAAAAGUUCUGGAAAACCAUUGUAUUUAGCAUUGGAACACGUUUUGGAUGGAGAUCAAGCGGGAUAUGUUCAAGGAGAUGUCUAUCUUCUCUUCAAUAUUCAUGCAUCAGUUUUGGACAAAGCUUACUACGGUCUGAACGUUACCAACUGUAUAAUCGAGAAAAACACUGGAAAUGGAGUUUUUGCGAAUGAGAUUCGAGAGAGGACUGCAUUGACAAAUGUGACUUUGGAUGAGAACCAGGGAUAUGCUGGGUUCAUGGUCAGGGACGGUGCUGCAGACAUCUGGCUCAAUGAGACAAGAAUCCUACGUAAUUGGGGUGACGGAAUGAAUAUCUCAUAUGCUGGAGGAUCUAUCAUGGUGAAUGGAACUCGAAUUGAGAAGAAUCGAUGGAGAGGAGCAGCCAUUCACUACAAUCAGACCAUCCCAUUCUUCCCUUUGUACAACGAAGUGAUAUUCAAGGGACGUCCGUCAAACAACAAAUUCUAUCUCCCGACUAUCAUAUCUGAAAAUGAGUGGGGAGGUCUUCUGGUUGGUAAUUACUGUGCUUACGGUAAUGAAUCUUCGUGGAGAUGGAAUUCUAGAAACCCACCAAUACAAGGACUGUAUCCAAAACUUGAAUCGAAGAUAUUGAUUUCAUGGGUAGAAUUUCUGAAGAACCAAUAUCACCCGGCGAUGGAAAUAUUCUCGUGUCGAGACCCUCAUGUCACCACAAAUAUAGUUGAUAUCACUGGAAAUCGAGUGGAUGGAAAUUUGGGAUUUGGAAUGAGAAUAUCACCUGCUGUGAACAUGCAUACUUUGAUCAAUUCGAAUCAGUAUUUGCAUAAUAAUGACACGGCGUUGUACGUAAGGAAUGCUCAGUGGCCAGAGUUGGUCAACUUACCGGCGGAGGUUACAAUAUCCAAAAACGUGUUUAAGUUCAACCAUGCCAAGUACAUUAUUUCAAUUGGAAUGAAUGAAGAUGGUCCACGACAAUUUUUGACAUUCAAUCAGCAAAACGAGAUCCGUGCCAACACAGUCUUCGAUCCAUUCCCAUCUCUACCCCCUAGAAGUACUCCAUAUGCGGCACUUGUCGUCUCAUCAUCCAACGUCAAAAUCCACCGUAAUUGUUUCAACAAUGAACGUGCAAAAUACGAGAUUGCAACUGAAUUGGAAAGGCAUGCGAAAUGGAUUGAUGCACGAGAGAACAACUGGGGAUUUCAAGAAAUUCCUCGAUUCAUCGAUAAGUUUUUCGAUCAAUUCAAUAGAUAUUCUCUGGCUUCAAUUGAUAUUGACCCGUAUAUGGCUGCAUGCAACCAACGAAUGCCUUAUAUCAGUCUGUUGAAUGGAGCAUUUCGACAAUUCAAAAAAGCUUCUGAACCGAAUAAGUUAGGAGGAAUCAUUUAUGAAAAUCAUGAUUUACUGAAGGGCCGCUAUACCGUGACCGAAGAUUUGCAAGUUGUUCCUGGAGCUAAAUUAACAAUCGCCUCGGGAUCUGUUCUCGAAUUCAAUCAUGGAAUAGGAAUGAUAGUUCAGGGAGAUUUGAUAAGAAAUGAAUACGAUCAAGAUGAGAAAGUUAUCUUCACUUCAUCACCAUUUACUUUGGCAAAAAGACAGAAUAUUCGAUUAGUCGAUGUGGAUGGAAAUGAUGAAGUGACUGAAGGAAGACUUGAAGUUCUUGUAGAUGACCAAUGGGGUACUGUAUGUAACAGAAGUUGGACACCUCAGUUAACAAUUCUGGCAUGCAAUCAAUUGGGUCUAGUCGCCGAUAUUCAGUAUUUUGAGAACUGGAGAAUAUUCCCAGAGGCUGGAGAUCUCCCGAUGGUUAUGGAUAAUAUUAGAUGUGAAGAGAAUGAAGUUGAUUUGACAAGAUGUCGUCAUGAUGGAGUUGAAAGGAACUGUGCUGCUGGGUGUCGAAGUUCGGAGGUUGUUGGCCUACGAUGUCUGGAACCCCGUUGGGCCGGUGUCCGUUACUCUCUUCUUGCCAACCCACCUACAGUAACUGGACAGACAACAAUGGAUAAUUGGAGAAUUGAGAAAGGAGGCCUCUUCAAUUUCAGAACUUCCGAAUUCUGUGCCGCAUUCAAAAUUGAUUGGAAUUAUCACACAUUUCAUCGACUGGAAGUUAAGAACAAUUUUUGGGAUGGCGUGGAUGUUGUCUACAAUGAUUUGGUCAAGAAACCAGCAAUCCGGAAUAGUAUCAUCUCUAACAACAGAAAUAACGGCUUUCAUAUCCGAUCUGCUGGGAUUACUGUAGAGAAUGUGACAAUAUCAUUCAGUGGGCAGUCGGGAAUGAGAUAUAAUCCAUCAGUAUCUGCAUUAGAACAAGAUGAUAUAGUUUCAUGGCUUAGUUUGAAAGAGCAACCAGAGUUGGAGGCUAAUAACAUUUUUCGAAUUCCGGAUCAAAAAUUGGAUUUGAUUGAAGUAAUGGAGAGUAAUCUGAACCAGAGGAAGUUCUUGGUGGCUGCUGAAACUGAUGAUUGUCCGGAUGAUCCCCUUCAAGAAUGUGUCUACAAUCUGAUGAUCCGAUCUGUUGGUUAUCAAUACGGCCUUGCUUCCAAAAUGGCAAUUCAAAUCGUGAAUGCUCCAUCAAAUGUGUCAGAUGAAGACGCCAUUUUCACGGAGGUCUCGACUGGCAAAUCAUGGAGUGCAAGGAAAGAUCAAAUUUAUUUCCCAGUUGUCUCUACAGAAAACGCGAUGCGAAUGAGAUACACCAGAUCAUAUGGAAAACCGAAAUUGGUGAUUUUAGUAUUGUUCUUGGACACCCAAGAGUACGUUGACCGAUUCAUUCAUCUCUAUCAAUCACGUGUCGAAGACAAUCAAUACGGAUUCUCUGCAGUCCACUAUUCAAAUUUGACAUUCUCGGAUGGAAGACUUUCCAAUCGUUGGAAUAACGAAAAGAUCUGGUUACAAAAAGUGAAUUUCACUCGGAAUUCGGAAGCAGUCGUCUGGUUACACUCUCCUCAACACGCUGUUAUACCGGGAACUCCGAUUGCGGAGAUCACUUAUCAUUUCGAUAAUUGUAGUGUUGUUGAUAACACUGGACCAAUCAUUGAAUCUCAUCGAGAUCUAUAUGCAUCUGCUAAUGUUUUCCAUUGGAUUUUAUGGUCGAACACUUUCGCAAACAAUUCAAGAAGUGGAAUUGCGGUGGCUCUUCCUGAUACCUAUGAUUUGUUGGCCAAACAGACACACAGUUUUUGGCUAACCGAGAACCGAUUCGAACGAAACGAUGAUUUCAAAAUUCUCGUUGACGGAUACUACGCGUUCGCUAACAUUUCUUCCAAUAAUUUCACUCAAAACUAUGCUCCAAAACAGUUCGGAAUGUUGGAAUUACGUGGAAUGGAGAAGAAAUUGAUAUGCGAGAGAAAUCGAUUCUUCUUCAACUGGGGACACUGGAUGAUCAAAAUAGAUGCCACAUCACAGUACCUAAAACAAGUGGAUGUGCCAAGUUAUGUACGAUACAACUACAUUGAGAAGAAUACGUUUAUAAGGCAACGUGCAGAUUAUGUGGAUAUGUGGCCUCGAUCAUAUGCACUCGGAGUUUUCGGAUCACAAAAAAUCGAUGUUCAUUUCAAUAGAUUUUUCAAUGAUCUUAUGGACUUUGAGCUGGUUUCAGGAUCAAAAUACACCGACAUAUAUGAUACCAUGAAUGCCACGUAUAACUGGUGGGGCACAGGGAAUGAAGCUGUUAUCUCACAACGUGUAUUCGAUUUCGAUGACUGGAAUACUUAUACGCGUGCCCAAUGGUCUCCUUUCUACGUCUCCAAUGACUUAUCGAUCAAUUUCUGGUGGAAUCCAUAUAGAGAUGGUCAAUUGGCUAAUGCCACCUAUAUCGAACCUACUGUACAUGAUCUACACGGCAGGGUUUACGAGGAUAAAAACUUGACAUUGAUCACUGAGAGAUGGUAUGAAUUCCCUCAUUACUAUCGUCCGUUCCGCCCGUAUCGUAUCACACGUGACGUCACAAUUAUGCCAGGAGCCACGUUGUACAUUCAGGAAAAUGUUGAGGUUCAUAUAUGGCCGAAUGUCAGGAUUUUGGUAUUGGGGAAUCUUGUGGCCGAGGGAUCCUAUUGGCAACCUAUAAGAUUCAAACCAAUCAACACCACGGAAUACAAUGAAAUCAAAGGAAGAAUUCCAACUGAAUACCGGAAAAAGAGAGGAAUUGUGUUUGAUGGUGAACCAGCGAAUUCUGAGAAGCCUCGGCCUAAACGUGCCUCGGACCGGUCGAAGCCUGAUCUCGUCUUCCGUGAUUUCCCAACUCUCCAUCGUGAUGAUCCCUACUAUCAAAGAUUUACCGUAUCCCUGACAGCUAAUGGGUCGGAUUACGGUAGAUCUGGAUUCUUACAAAUCUACAAUGCAACUACAGGAGAAACGAUACCAAGUUGUGAUCGGCAAUUCACGAUUCGAAAUGCUCAAGUUGUAUGUAGGGAGUUGGGAAUGGAGACUCAGAACGUUUACCAUUGGUUGACACCUCGAUGGGACUAUAAUCCUCAGCUAAGAAUUCUGAAAACGUAUAUGGAGCCACGUGAAUGUCGAGGUGAUGAACCAAGUCUGGAUCGGUGUAACUUGCGGUUAUCCGGAAAUGAUUCCCAGUGGAUGUGUAUGGAUUCAGAGAAUUUCAACUACAUUUACUGUGGAACAAAUCGGAGUUUAUCCAGAGAAUAUAUUGGCAAUUGGGGAGGAAUCACGUUUGCUCAACCCACUUUGGAGCAUGAAUAUGGAGAGAAGAGAGGCACAAGAAAGGAGAAAUCAAUUCUUCAAAAUGUGGAGAUUGUUGGUGGAGGAGCUGGACAUAAUGACUCGUGGCAGAGUGCAGGUCUCCAAAUAUUCCACCGAUCGCCCAUUCUUGACCAUGUGAAUGUAACCAACUGCUCAGUUCAUGGGGUUCAAGUCAUCUCUCCGAAUGAUCGUAUCACUUUGCUCAAUCUGAAUGUCACAUUCAAUCAAGGACAAGGUGUCAACAUAAUGACAACAUUUGUACAAGCACCCAGUACAUCUCAAGAUGCAAUGAAGAAACCAAUGAGUAUACCGUACUACAGUCAGGGUAUGAUGGAUAUGUGUGCCGCUGUCAAACGGUUCGAAGUCAAGAAUCGAAUAUUGCUCUACUACAAAUAUGACUCCUUCCCUGUCGAUUGUGUAAAAGUCUUCACUUCUCAUGGAAGACGUGUGGCUUUCCGAAUAGUUCAAUAUCAUCUAUACUCCUCUCCGACUGACUUAGGACGAUCGGAUGCUCUCCGUUUAUAUAGCUCCGAGUCAUUUACUCCAAUGAGUCUUCUGGCUGACUUCAGAAGUGACUAUCAGUCUGUUGAUCCAUCUGUUGCUGUGUCUUCUGAAGAGAUUGCUGUUCAUUUGAGAGCGACGGCGGCUGAUGGAGUUUAUGGAUUUAUUGCAGAGGUUUCAGCGUUGCCAAGUAAUUCAGAGCAGCACACCGUCGGCGAAGUUGUCAUCCGAGGGUCUCGAAUGGAUAACAAUGAUCGUGGAGCCAUUGAAUACUCGAAUUUGGGAGAAAUGAGUCCAAAUCUAGUCAUUGAAAGUUCUUCGUUCUCCUACAAUGGAAUUCAUUUAUUCGGAAAUAUCUCAACAUCUAGUCAAGCUAUCCAGCUACAUUUGCACAAUACUGUGUUCUUCUUAUUCCGGUCCAAUUCAAUUGCUCAUAAUCGCGGUGGCCUUUACAUUUCAGCUACUUCAAGUAGUCCGGUGGUCCGUUUGGGAGCACUCGUCAAAAAUUGCAUGUUUGUAUAUAAUUCGAAUUCAACUACUGUAGCAUUGAGUGGAAAUAACUAUCAAUCAAUUUCUCUCCUCAACAAUGUCAUUAGUCACAACUUUGCUCUCUACCAUGACACUGUAGUCGCUCAUGACGUGGCAAUCAACAUGACACGUAACACUUUAUUCUCGAAUACCGGUCUUCACACUCUGGAUAUUCAUGCCAACUCAAAGAUAUCAGCCGAUAAGAACGUGUUCUUCUAUAAUCAUUUCCAUGAUAAUUUGGCCUUGGGUCAUGGACAUCAAUACAUGGAGAAGUUCGGAUAUCAACCACAAAAAGAGAAUAACGAAUUUUUGAAUCGACCGAGAAGAGAAAUUGGGAAAUCUGAAAUGGAUAGGAAAAAAAGACAGGUUCUCACUCAACAAGGAGUCUCAUUCGACUGGUGGACUCACGUUGACAACGAAACGACCCGUUACAGAUCCACAAUUAUUGCUGGAAGCUCUCAAGAAAUCUUCAAAUUCAAUACAUUCAACGAUCCAUUAAAUGAUUACGAGUUGACGACUGGAAGACAAUCACAAUAUGAAAUUGGAUCGAUUGAUGCGAAAGAAAACUAUUGGGGAUAUCCAGGAACAAUUGGAGUUGCUUCUGGAAAGAUCCGAGAUCAUGAAGAUUAUCCAGAGUUGGUCAAAGUGGAUUACACUCCGGUUAUGGAAUCUAACACUAGUUUGAUUGAGGGAGAUUGUCCUGCUGGAUGGUUCCAGGCUGGUCACGAAGAGUUCAAGUCCUGUUUCCUGUUUGUUCCAUCUGCUGUAACAUACACAAAAGCUGUGGAAUACUGUAAAGAACUCGGUGCAUUCGUACCGUACCUCCGGAUAGAUGACAUCCUUCAAACCCAAUUGGCACAAAGAAUUGAGAAGUUUUCAAUCGAUAUGAUAACAGAUCAAGAGAGAUUGAAAGCAUACGGAGUAGAAGAUGAUAUUCAUUUAUGGAUAUCUUCAGUGAAUAUUCCCAAUACUCAAUGCGGAUGGUUGAGUGCAAGAACUCGAAGAAUUGGAGAUGUCAAUUGUAAUAUUCUCCUUCCGUUUGUGUGUGAAAAGGGAACUCAUCCAUAUUCUGAACCAAUUCUUUGGAGGCCUGGAAUCAUUAUUCCAUUGGUUAUUUUCUGUAUCGUGUUGGCACUUCUCGUAUUGCUGGUUGUAUGUUGGUGCUGUAAAUCGAGAAAACGAAAUGAGGUUUUGAUAGAGAGAAAACAAGCGGCGAGAGCUAGUCUGAAACUACAAAAGAGACAUCAAGAACAUCAGAAGAAGAAAAUGCAGACAGGAUCCGAGCACACACAUACAUCGGCUCAUGCCAGUUUGGAUGGUGGUUCGACCAUCAGUGCUUAUGACUGGCGCGCCGGUCGUCAACCACCUCGACAAAUCGCCCGAUCUCCGACUGACACGUUGAGCACUGCCACAUCUGAUCACACUUAUUCAUACGCAGCUUAUACUCCUCAUGGUGGACCAACAACAACGACAGGAACAUUCCAGUCAAGACGCAACAACCGUUACGUAUCGACCAAUCCAAAUGGAUACUCGGAAAUCACCACUCCCACUACCACUACAGUACCCUACACGGGUGCCACGUCAUCAACUGCAACCACUGUCAAAAUGCGACCUCAUCAAUUGAGAAGUGACACAUCAGAUGCCACAUCGUGUAGUACAUGUCCAUCGGAUUCAGAAAGAACUUCUACAGCUACUGACAUCUCAUCUUCAUAUACAAGUGAAGCAUCUGAAAGUACACUUCAGAGUACUGUAGUCAAUAAUCGAAGAUCCCCCCUUCCACCAGCUAGAAGUCCGAUUCCAGCAUUGAGAAAGGGAAAUUCCAAUGGAUUCCUGAAUAUGACUAACAACUUCCAACCGUUGCCAACGGAUCCGCCAAGAUCCCAACCACCCGCUCUCCAAUCCCAAUCAUCUCUAAACCGUUUUGUGGAACUUCAUGCUCCGCCACGUACCGGAGGAUCUCUAAAACACAAAAAACCAGUUAUCGAAACUUCUAUGUGA